UAACAAGCACAUGCUUUCUUGAUUGUGUUUUCAUAAAAUUCUUGUAAAUUUAAAAUGUUCUGAGUGUUCAAAUCACAAAAUAUAAUCAUAAUAUAUUUUGGACAGCGGAUUGGAUGGGAGAGCCAGCAUCGUGAGCAACAUUUUGCUUCGUUUUUUUUUCCCUUUAAUUCCUAAUGUCAAGCCCACUAAUUGAGUUCCGCGCUUGUCAAUUAAUGAAGAAAUUUUCUAUUAACUCCGGGAAAGUUGACUUGCAAAGAAUAUCUCGAUAGAAAACUUGAACUCUCGAUGUAUUUAGGAUCCCUUCUUCCUCUCGAGCCUGGAUGAUUGCCAUGGUUUGGUCAAGGAUGUAUUUCUUGGGUUCAGCAGGAGCUUAAUCUAGUGCAUAAUCAUUUCUUAGAAGACUUCCGUAGAGUUUGUCGGCUAAUGAAGAGAUGGGGUUCGCCAACUGUUUUCUUCUUCUUCUUCUUGGUCCUACUGCUUGGAGCUUUCUUUCACUGGGUUGAUCAUACUAUUAUUACAAGUAUCAAAGGACAUAAGAAAUCCCCCAGCAUAAUUGAGCUCCCGCUCAAACGCUCCCUCGAUGGAAGCAUGGAGCAAUCACGCGUGUCCAAUUAUCCAGUGAUAUUCAGGCCUAACAACUUAUCAUCCACAGCAUGCCCGGAGUACUUUCGGUGGAUCCACGAGGAUCUACGGAUCUGGAAGAGCACGGGAAUCUCAAGGGCCAUGGUGGAAAGAGCUAAAGAUUAUGCACAUUUUAGAUUGGUGAUUCUCAAGGGAAAGAUUUAUGUGGAGAAAUAUAAGAAGUCAUUUCAUACAAGAGAUGUGUUUACAAUAUGGGGUAUCUUGCAACUGCUAAGGUUGUAUCCUGGAAAGGUGCCAGACCUGGAACUUAUGUUCUGGUGUGAUGACAGGCCUGUGAUCCUGAAGAAAGAUUACCAAGGAACAAAUGCCACUUCGUCACCAUCCAUAUUUCAAUAUUGUGGGCGUGAGGAUGCUUUGGGCAUUGUCUUUCCUGACUGGACCUUUUGGGGUUGGGCUGAGACCAAUGUAAGCCCAUGGAAAACCCUGUCCAAGGACUUAAAAGAAGCCAACAAAAGGACCAAGUGGAAGGAUAGGGUACCCUAUGCUUAUUGGAGAGGGAACCCAAACGUGGCUGCAUCUAGGAGACAACUCAUGUGGUGCAAUGUUUCUGACAAAUACGACUGGAAUGCUCGUCUCUACAAACAGGAUUGGCGUACAGAGAGUGAGCAAGGAUAUGAACAUUCAAGAUUGGAAGACCAAUGCACACACAGGUACAAGAUUUAUAUAGAAGGAAGGGGAUGGUCAGUGAGUGACAAGUAUAUAUUAGCAUGCGAUUCCAUGACUUUGUUCGUAAAGCCCGAGUACUACGAUUUCUUCAUUAGAAGUAUGGUACCGUUGCAGCACUACUGGCCCGUUAGCGCCAGAAACAAGUGCAGAGAUAUCAAGUUUGCUGUCGAAUGGGGCAACAACCAUACUGAUAAGGCACGGGCUAUCGGGAAGGCAGGGAGCAAGUUUAUUCAAGAAAAUCUAAAAAUGGAAUAUGUGUAUGAUUACAUGUUUCAUUUAUUAACAAAUUAUGCGAAUCUCUUAAAAUUCAAACCGAGAAUUCCUGAAGGGGCAGUUGAGGUGUAUUCAGAGACUAUGGCACGCCCUCAUAGAGGUUUAUGGAAGAAAUUCAUGGCAGAGACUCUGGUGAACUUUCCUAGCGAUACACUCCCAUGUACAAUGCCGCCUCCUUACGAGUCUCGUACACUUGAAGCUUUUAUUGAGAGCAAGGAGACUGUUACAAGGCAAGUAGAGAGGUGGGAGAAAGAAAAUUCGAAAAAAAAUUAAUUAAGAAGCAGCAGGUUCUUCAUCUCUGUUACGGGCAUAGCAUUUACAUUUUGAAUGGACGGUCACUGAACAACGAAACAUUUUGAAGAAUAGAGCUCCAAAAACAAUAGAUUGAUAGAACAAACCUGUAUGUCAAUCCAAUAAGAAGCCCUAUAAGUUUUGGGUUACACAUCAGAUUAGAGCCCGUUUGUUUGCUGGAAAAUAAUUUUUUUUAGAAAAUGAAUUCAGUUAAAAUGAAUUCCGAGAAAGUGAAUUAUUUUCCGAUGUUUGGUAGUGUAAUGAAAAAUAAGUUGGAAAACACUUUUCAGUGUUUGGUUAUGUCAUGGAAAACGAGCUGGAAAAUAACUUAUUAA